AUGGAGUCCACAACCAUUCCGGUCACUGCCGAGAAUUUCGCUCAGGCAGAGACCGCGAAAAACUUUGCAAACUGGGCUAAGCUUGGAGCCGACCAGGCGAUAUUCCACUACCGUGAAGUGGCGCCGACAGGACACCAUGCCCCGACUGUCCGGAUGAAUUGGGACACCCUCUACUCAGUUCGAAUCGUCAGAGUCGCGGACGACAAAAGCUUCACCAUCCACCUCCCGGACGAGGAGCUCUACAUGGCGGCUCAUGUGCUUGAUGAGAACGGCUUUGCUCCCUACUACAUCAUCGAGAAGGGCAGAGAUCACCGAGUGAAGGUCGAUACCGAGUAUGCCCUGAUCAUCUUUCGCACCGAGAUUCUCGACCGCAGGUCCGAAGAGCUGCUCAAGGUGGCCCGCGCUGCACAGGACAAGCUCAAAGUGACUGGCAUGUUGGAGGACAGCUCCUACAAGAUGCCGGAGUAUGACCAGGAGCAGUUAGCGAAGCUGCGCCGCGAAUACAAGGCGGAGUGGCUCAAAGCAGGUGGUACCACCACGUAUGCAAAGGGGCCGGGCCGAUUCGACCAGCACAUCCUGGACUUGUCGCAUGCGGCAGGGUGGGGUGGUAUGGAGCCGGAAUUACAUAUGUCCAACGCCUACUACACCUCAGAAGCCAUGUCCGGAGAUGUGGCGCGUGCCAUCACCUUCGAGGAUCCAAAGAACAAGUUCUUCACCUCCUUCACAUUGUAUGAUGAAGACGGAUACUUGAUGAAUGGUGAAACCCACAUCAACAGCAAGAUGUGGAAGCCGAAUCCAGAUGGGUCGAUCACUAUCCAUUUCAAUGCCGCGAAGGAUGCCAUCAACAACCUUUCUUCCGGCGGCAAGCCGUUCAAUUACAUAGUACGACACUAUGGUGUGAGCCAGCUCGUCAUUGACGGCAAGUCAAAGACACUGAAGCCGGAAGUCCUAAGCGGCUGA